CUUCGAAAAAAUUCAUACAUUUCAAUUUACAAUUUUCUUUUUAUUAGCUUAUUUUCUAAUAUUAUUAAAAUGUAUAUUGAUAUCUUGAAGUAUGCGAUUUAAUUUUUGCAAUAUUUUAAUUAUUAUCAUUUAGAAUCACGUGACAGAAAAUAUAGGGAAAUAUCCAAUGAAAUUUAAGCCGCCAUGUCAUCUUUCUCAUUUUCGCGGGAAAAACAUUUAUCGAAUUGAAUGAUACAAGCAUUCUAAUAUCUAUAUUUUCCACGUCGUAUCGAUCGAUCUUAUGUAUUUUUCAUACGAAUUAAAUAAGAAAUUAUAAUGUUUAAGUAUUACAUGCCCUUGUCGCUAAAUUGUCUUGCGUUUUCGUUACAUACGUAUGACCUUCGUUAAAUACAACCCAGACGUAAAAAAUCAACCUUUUAUUGCCAAUAAAAUGUCAAUAAAGUUUCUCUUUCCUUGGAAUUUGUAAUCAUUCUAUUGAAGUAUGGAUUUCCAUACGCAGCAACCUCCAGAGAUCAGGACAAUCGAUAUUAUUUACAUAUAGUAAAGUUAUAUAAUUAAAUACAACGCAAAUACUGUCAAGCUAAUUGGUUACGUUAUUGAAUUGAUUGAAUAUAAUUUCAAGAUAUAGUUACAAGUUAAUUUUCUUAAUAAUUUCUAUCGAUAACAUAGUGCUACAAUCGGUUUAUAACCGAUCGUCGAUAAUGUAGAAUAUGAUGUGUAAUGUAGAUGUGAAUGAUAAGAAAGUAAUAAGUUUUUAUAAGUUUUGAAUAUAUACAUGAUCGAAGAUAAAAUAUAUAUAUAAAAAACUACCGUACGUCCGUUAUUUCGAUCUAAUCGAUUUCGUAAAAAUAAUUAUUUAUUAAGAUUAAUAUUUCUCGUCGAACGAAUGAUACGAAAAAUAAAGAAACAGAAAAACACUUAGGUUCGUUAAAUCGUGAAAUGACUUCGAUAGGACGAACAUUCCUGUGUUAGAAUUCUUCUUAACUAUCUCACGUUUCAGUAACUAUUUCCGGUGUGUUGAAAUUUGAAGUGCAUCCGUUUGCACAUUAAGUGCAAAUAGAAAACGCUAGAUUUCGCAUUAUCGUUUCUUAGCGAUCCUUUGAUCUUUCGAUCUUUUGAAGAUUCGUAAGACAUUAACAAUUUAUAAUCUUAGCGAGUGAGAAAAAUAUUUUUCGAGUGAUUUCAAGUGAUUAGAAAGAUUUGAAUUUUGAUUCGUUUAUUUGUCUGUUACUGUUUUGCGAAUUAUGUCGUUUUUACAACGUAAAGCCCAAUGUGAUCUUCGUAGGAAUGGGCGUAAUUCGAAGACGCGUUUCGAAUAAAUUACAACUUCCAAGAAGUAGCUAGCCUCGAGAAAUUGUUAGCGCUUACGUUGAAGUUUCACGGACGCGUUGCUGCUAAAAGUUAUUUUAUAUCUCUACGUACGUAGCUACUUUCCUUAUGCAGAAGAUCGAGUGAUGACUCUUUUCUAUUUAUCAUUUGGCGCGUCAGCAGUAGUACAUCCGAGGCGGCCGAUGUGAAAUUUAUUUUCGGAAUACGAUGAUCGUUCUUGGAUCGUCGAAACACCGACAGAGGGAAUCUUGUUUCGUAUCGUACGUACUCUAUGCACGAACAUAUUGUCGUAAGAAUAACAGUACGACGUCAAGGCUAUGUUGUGCCUCAUCAUUUUUUUGGUGAAUGUUUAGGCGUCUCAAAUGAUAAUCAUUGCAUAGAUUACCAUAUAUUGAAAAUGAACGGUAGAAGGAAUUUUUAACUACACUUGCUUUUUCUUUUCUAUUUAUAUUUAUAUUGAAUACGAUAUACGACGAAAAGUGUGGAAGCAAAUAAAUCAUGGAUAAAGUACAAAGUGCUACCUAUAUUGGGGUAGAUACCCAUUUAUUAGAUUACUGGGAAGAAUAUCAGAAAAUGAUCGAAGAAACCAAGAUGUUGGAUGAUUAUCUUGACGAAGAAUGUCCACGAAAUUAUGAUGAAGGUGAAGAGGAAGCCGAAUGGUUACGUGCCGCAGGCUUAGGAGAAUUAACCGAGCCAUGGAAAGCAGGUAGAGAAGUUCAACCAGAAGAAUUAGGAGCUGCUUUACGUCCUCUUUCAAGAGCACAAGCAGAAGCUGUAAAGCGAAGAGUUAAAUCUCUUAAUCAUACCGUUAAACAACGUUUCAAUCAACGACAACGUGUAAGGAAACCAGACAUCAGAGAUGUGUUUAAAGAUGUGGAGAUUUCCAGUACAGGCACUAGAUCAAGAAGUGCUACUCCCGAUUCGUUAGAUUCUAUUCCAGGUGAAACACCAGAAAAUGCUUCGCCUCCUUCACAACCAUCAAUAACUGUAAUUGAUCAUCAAACGAGUGUCAAUGUUCCCAGUUUUGUAUCAAUAUUUCAUCGUUCGUCAAACGAAGGAAAGGAAACAGUUCGAAGAACACCAAGUGCACCAACAACGGCUACAAAUUCUGUGCCAGUUUUGACUAAUGCUCCAGUUUCUGUUCAAGAAAUCUUUAGGCGUACUGGUCAUUCCUCUCGAGGAGAUGUUGCUAAUGAUUCUGAAGGUAUCCAGCUGACUGGCUAUCACAGAUUAGGAACAAUACAUCUUUCUAGACCACCUAUUCAAAAACGUAGCGGUAGCGAUCCUAGUGAAGUAGCAAAUACAGCAAACUUAGAUAGUGAAAAUAUCGGAAAAUUAACUGUUUCUAAAGAUUCGACAUUGCGAAGAGCUUCAGGCGGUCAUGCAACUGUAUCUAGGAGUCAUAGUAGUUUAUAUGGUUUGUCAACGUCUAAAGAUGAGAAUUUAUUAUCUCAUCCAUUAAAUCGUACUUCGUCGCAUGGUCAUCUGAGUUUUGAACAAAUGUGCAGGGCAAAUGAAACAAAGUCACAAGUAUGGGUGACAGAAAAUCUUCCAGCCGAUGAUGGUUUUUCUCAACAACGUAUAGAAUCGUUAUCCCAACGUGAUUUAACACGAUUACAGCCACUUUUGUGGCUUGAACUCACCGCAGUUUUUGACAAAUAUAACGUACCUCUUAAAAAGCGUAAACCAAACAAACGUAGGAGAAAAGCUGGGAAUUUAUUUGGUGUAUCGUUAUCGACUUUACUACUCAGGGAUAGCCAGUUAACAAACGAAGAAAGUAACAUUCCUUUAGUAUUUCAAAAAGUUCUCAAUGAAUUGUCUAAACGUGGAGUGAAAGAAGAAGGUAUUCUUAGAGUUGGUGGUCAUAAACAAAAGGUUGAAUCGAUAUGUACAGAAUUAGAAACAGAUUUUUACAGCAAGCCAAAGGAAAUUGAUAAAUUAUUUAAACGCAUACCAUGUCACGAUCUGUCAGCAAUACUUAAAAAAUUAUUACGUGACUUACCUCAACCGCUUCUUACAGUGGAACUUAUGGAUGCUUUUUACCAAAGUCAUGAAGUAAAGAAUCCUAGCGAUUUAUCGUAUUCUUUAAACUUAUUGGUGCUACUUUUACCAAUAGAACAUCGAUGCACGUUAAAAGCAUUGUUAACCUUUUUUAAAUUGGUUAUCGAUAAUCAGAAUUCAAAUAAAAUGUCCAUUCAUAAUGUGGCGAUGAUAGUAGCACCAUCGCUAUUUCCACCACGUUAUGUGCAUCCCAGUGAUCGUUCUGAUUUAAAUGCUCAAGUUAACAUGGCUGCCAUAUGUUGUCGGGUAACAGAAGCAUUACUUAUUAAUGCCGACAAAUUAUGGUAUGUACCAACUACUCUCAUAAGUCAAAUGCGGAGACAAUCCGAAGAAGAAAAAUAUCGCAAAUACAAAAAGAAGUAUUAUUAAUAACAAUAAUCGGCAGACUGAGUAUAGCAUUGUUCUAUCGAUUGGUAGGAGCAUAUUGAAAUAUAGUAAUAAUACCUUUGGUGCCUCUUAAGUUUUGUUAAAAAGAUUUGUAGAUUAGAUUUGUAUUUUAGAGAUUAAGUUGUAGUGGAAUACGAUUUGAAAGGAUUGCUUUGAAAUCCUUUGUGUCCAUAUAUAGUCAAAAGCGGAUUUUUUGAUAUACCUCAUAUUUCUCAUGAUCAUUCCUGCAUUAGUCUGACGUAUUUAAUUUAUUCUAAGUUCGUUCGAGAUCAAGUGCAGUAACUCAUUUAGUUAACAUAUUUAAACGUGCAAUAGUUCAAGAGAAAAGAGAGGGCAAGAUGUAGAUUUUAUUCUCGUAGUAGUUCGUUAAAAAUUUUCUUUUAUAAAUAUUUGCCUUGUAGGAAUUUAGUGUAUAGUAGUUUUAAAGUUUUUUUUUUCUUUUCUUUUUUUUCUUUUUUUUUUUUUCUUUCUUUUUUUUACAAUAAAGUAGAUUUAAUGCUAUAUAUUGUAUAGAGAUGACCGUAAUUAUAUCCGUGAUUAAUUUAUUUGUUAAUAUUAAUCACAAAAGUUGGAUCUCGCCCACUGAGUAUUGUUUAAUAUUACUUAAGUGAUUAUGUGUUAAAUUGUUGAGUAAUAGGUAGAGUCGGCGAAUGCAUUUUUUUCAAUAUUUACCACUAUUAUUAUUAUUAUUAUUAUUAUUUUUUAUGUUUUAUACAUCUAAAGUCGACAAUAAUUUUUACCUGUGAAGUAAGAAUUACUCAUUAGAUGAAUAUCGAAUUAAUUACGGUCGAUGCAAUUAGCUAUUAUUACGUGCUAUAAUUCUCUAACAAUAAGUUAUUCUCUUUUAUAAUUAAUAUUUAUUAUAUACUUAUUUUAUUGUUGCAAGUGGAUGUCUCGAUCCGAUGCAAAAGUGACAAAUGAUUUCUUUAUUAUAUAUAAUUUAUUAAUUUUUUUUUUAUACUAAUGGAAAUCAUUUUCAGAAUUAAUUGGAUAACAAUCGGACAAUUGAUUAGAUCCUUUCCAAUUUAUUUCUUCUAUUGAUUUUUACUUAUUAUAUAUAUAUAUAUAUACACACACACAUACACACACAUACACACACAUAUAUUAAUGUUAAUUUAAUAUACAAUACGCGAUUGGAUUAUAUUUAAAUAUUGAUUUCAUAUUUCACUUUUGUGAAAGUCAUAGGUAUUCUUUUUCUACGCCAUAUAUAAUUUUAGAAAUUUGUAUAUAACAUUUUGCACACUGUUAUUUCGAAUUAAUAAAGUGCCAAAGAAAAGUA